UGUGCGAGCCACUGGACUUGGUAACAUCGAAACGGAACAACUUGUGUGUCUGCUCAGCGUGUCCUUCCACCCCGCCCCGCAGCAACCCCGACAUGUGUUUCACCUCUAAGGUGCAGCAGUGUGCAUGGCCAGGGAUGCAUAAGGCGAGAGCGCUGUGAUCACCCCUGGAUGGGAGCUGCACAAGUCGAGCCACUCCACUCCGCGUUUUGCCCUGCCCUUGUGCGCUCUGCUCGCUGUGCAGCGCGCGUCUCCGAUGCAUUUUGCCUCCCUCUCGCUGUCAUAAAGACAGGACAGCUGUGCAAGAGAGAAGUUGUUGGCAAACCGAGCACCAGCAGGUUGCAUCUUCACCGGGAUCCUCUCGCCUUCACGGAGUAGUCUGGACUUCUUUUCUCUUUACCAAGGGCAGAUGAGGCGGACGCAUCAGUACAUAAAGAUUUCACUGAUGUGUGCGAUGUGGAGACUGCAGGUCGCCUUAUGUACUCUGUUGGUGCUGUCCCUGUCAUCUGCUGGAGAAAGCAAAGCGCGGAGCUGUAGCGAGGUUAGACAAGCUUAUAGCGCUAAAGGAUUCAGCCUCCUCCAUGUACCUCAUCAGGAAAUAUCAGGUGAGCACCUCCGUGUCUGUCCCAAGGGUUACACCUGCUGCACAUCUGAGAUGGAGGACAAACUCAGCCAGCAAAGCAAGCAGGAAUUUGAGAUUAUGGUUGACGACAGCAGCCACAACAUGAGAACAACAUUCACCUCCAGACAUAAAAAGUUUGACGAGUUUUUCUUGGAGCUGUUGGACAACUCUGAAAAAUCUCUCAACAGUAUGUUUACAAAGACAUACGGGAAGCUGUAUAUGCAGAACUCUGAGGUGUUCCAGGACCUAUUCACUGAACUAAAGCGCUAUUACACGGGGGGCAACGUCAACUUGGAGGAGAUGUUGAAUGACUUCUGGUCCAGGCUGCUGGAACGCAUGUUCCAGUUGCUUAACUCCCAGUAUCACUUCACAGACGACUACCUGGAGUGUGUCACCAAAUACACAGAUCAGCUAAAGCCCUUUGGAGAUGUGCCCAGGAAGCUGAAGGCUCAGGUCACCAGAGCAUUCAUUGCUGCACGGACAUUUGUCCAAGGGCUAACGGUGGGUCGUGAGGUUGCCAACAGGGUCGCCAAGGUGAACGUAGUGCCAGCUUGCGUCAGAGCCUUGACCCAGAUGCUCUACUGUCCGUACUGCCGCGGCAUGCCUGGGCUGAAGCCCUGUCGCAAUUACUGUUACAACAUUAUGAGGGGCUGUCUCGCAAACCAGGCGGAUCUGGACGCUGAAUGGAACCUGUUCAUCGAUGCCAUGUUGCUGGUCGCAGACAGACUGGUGGGACCUUUCAACAUCGAAGCAGUUAUAGAGCCAAUUGAUAUAAAAAUUUCGGAGGCUAUUAUGACGAUGCAGGACAACAGCAUGCAAGUGUCAGCCAAGGUUUUUCAAGAGUGUGGUCAACCAAAGCCUUCAGCAAUAGGCAGGUCUGCACGGGGCAUCUCAGAUGUAUUUAGUAGUCGCUUUAGACCCUUUACCCCCGAACAGAGACCGACCACGGCAGCUGGAACAAGCCUGGAUAGACUGAGGGCUGUCUGGAAGACAAUGCAACACAGUGUGAUUGACAUCAAAGAGAAGUUAAAGGAGUCCAAGAAGUUCUGGUCCAAAUUACCAGAUGACAUCUGUGCCGAAGGCAAACUGACAGAGUCUGACGAGGAACAGUGCUGGAACAGCCACACGAAGGGCAGAUAUUUCCCCGAGGUGGUAAAGGAGGGCCUCACCAACCAGGUGAACAAUCCAGAAGUGAUUUUGGACAUCACCCGACCGGACACACUGAUUCGGCAGCAGAUCAUGGCUCUACGAGUCAUGACCAACAAGCUAAAGAAUGCCUACAAUGGAAAUGACAUCUCCUUCCAGGACUCCAGUGACGAGGGCAGUAGCUCGGGAAGCGGCAGCGGCUGCUCUGACGGCUGCACGACAGAGUUCGUUUUUGUGGGGACAGAAGCUCCCGUGAUUAGAGCCGACAGAAGUGACGAACGGGCUGCAGCUGCUGCUGCGGGCCAAUCGCUCUCCUGUGGACCCUCCACCGUCCUGGUGAUGGCUGCCCUCACUCUCCCACUCUGGGCAGUACAGACUCAAUGGAGAUAAUACAGUGUGGCCUGAUCAUUGACUAUUAUACUGUUAAGUAACAGUAUGUCUUACAGCAAGUUAUACUGCUGUUCCCUCACUGGACAUGUAGAACCUCCCGGAAACAUGUCUAGAAUGACUGACUGUGUGGUGUGGUAGGGCUGGAAGUGAGUGCAGCGCUGAAUCCUGCUUGUCCCCCAAAGAAUGCUCGGUGCCAUCAGUGAACCAGCUUUUACCAUCUCUGAAAUAAAAACGAAAAUGUGGUGUUUUCUCA